AUGUUUAAUCCGCUGCAGUUUCGCCGGAGACUGUCGAACGACGAGUCCAGCGACGACAGUUCAGACGAGCGGCCGGGAAUUGGCGGUCUGGGGGGGCCGCGAACCGAGACACCGGACCAUGAUAUGGAUAGACAGUAUGGAGUGGGUGCCAUGUUGUUGCGACAGAUGGGGUACGUUGACGGCAAGGGAUUGGGAAAAGACCAGCAGGGAAUCACUGCGCCUAUUGAGACGAAGCUCAGGCCGCGCGGGCUCGGCGUUGGUGGUGUUGAGGAGCAGGAAGAGAAGGACUCGUCUGAGGACGAGAAAAUGGGCUCUGACGAGCCGGUCAGUUCUGUGCCCGAACUAUUCGCACUAAUCCAGCAGUUUGAGAAUUUUGGUCUUGUUGUUCCUGUUCAGAUCAAAGAACUGAGCGACGAAGGGUCAGGGUCGCUUGAACUGCGAUCAUCGAUGGCGGAUCUGCUUUUGCGGCUGAAAGACCUCAGGGCCAAGAUCGAGUACGCCAACUACGAGUUAAAGCAGCAGGAAGGAGUGGAGAAGACGUCCAGAGCGCGUUGGACAGCAUUGCAGGAGGUCUAUGACGGAAAAGACACAAAAAUCGACGACCCUGAAGACAGAGAGCUGGUGGAGAAAGUGGUUCUUUCUCGCGUGGAGCCGCUUGUUCGCCAGGCCAUGAACACGUGGGACCCAAAGGACCUGGACUCAGAUGUGAGUGACCGCAUUUUUGAGUGGAAAAAGCAAUACACUCCCGCCGAGGCAGAGCUGGAGGCAGAUCCGUUCCAAGUUCUUGUUGGACAGCUUUGGGAGCAGAAAACUGCUCGGUUUUUCGAGCAAGAAUGGUCUGUUUGGCAGCCAAACUUGGGGAUAGCCAUUUUCGAGGAGUUCCAGGGCCUCGUUGCGCCCAGUUUCUUCACCAAAAUGUUUGAGAAGGUCCUGCUACCAUUAUUCAAAGAGGAACUGGAAAGAUGGACUAUUGGGACCCCUGGCCCAGAAAUUUGGCUGGCCGAUUGGCUCAAUGUGAUGGAUGAGGCCCAGGUCGAUCAGCUGGUGGAGGAGAUUGUUCGCAAGUACUGCGACUGGAUUGUUGCUAAAUGGGACUACUCUCAGGUCCAAGUUCCAGCCAAAGAGAUCCAUCUGAGUUUGUGGCUGGACCUGUACGGCACCGAGAAGCUGGCAAAGUCUGUGGAGAUGGCGGUGAUUAGACGCAGUUUGAACGAGCUACGCAAAAAACGGCCGUCUGCAUCGGAAGUUCUGCUGUUUGUGCAAGUUUUGCAGAAAAAUGGUGUCAGAUACGACAAGAUCGACUAUCUUCUGGAAAAUGAGGUCAUCUACACCUGGAUGGACCAGUUCCUAUCUCUGGAAGAUGAGGAACGUCGGUUCAAGUACGUGGAGUCGUUUCUAGUACAGAUCCUCACCCAUCUGUUACCGAGCUACCAUUUCCCCAGACUGGGCAAGAUUGUGCUUCUGGCCCUAAACCAGCUGGAAUCAGAUACCUACACGGCUGUUUCGCCGGCACAACGACUAAACGUUGUACCGCGAGCCAACUUUUCCACGUUCAAACAGAACUCCAUCCCCGAACUCAUCGCAGCCACCGAGAAACUCACGUUCAAGCCGGAGAAAAAAAUCACCGUCACUUUCAAACAGCUCGUGGACGAGUACUGCCAGGAAAACGACCUGUUUGUGCUGCCGGAACCGGGGCUUGUCACGGGAAAAGCACUCUAUCGCAUCAGUCGCGACAUGAAAACAGGUGUCCUGGUGUACCUGGACGACGACGUUUUAUGGGCACAGCUGGACGAAGACCAGCCAGACGGCUUUGAGCCGAUUGCAUUCGAUCAACUCGAAAACUAUGUACAUUAA